AUGGAACUCAAAUUGUUGGUGAUAGUUGCUAUGCUGGUGAGCGAGACAAUUAGUUCAGACUACCUCGAAAAAGAUGAUGAUGAGACGCCUGAUGUAACGGAAGGAUCAGGGGACUCCAUCUACCCAGACUAUCCCGACUACACGUUCCCAGCCAGUAAUUUUACCCCAGGCAUAGUUAUAUGUUAUGGGAGCAGCUAUGAUUUCGAUCCCAACAUUACCGCUGAACAGCUGAACGAGACGUCCAUUCCCGGAGGAGCGGCCGGGCUUAUUUUUUCUCCCUCAGUUUUAGUACCGUAUUUCCUUACUUUUGUAGUUAGCAAUUUUUAA